AGGACCAGACUUUACAGCCACAGAUGUGGCGCCGCCGCCGCCGCCGCCAGAGCCCCGUGCCGCGCAUCCCGGAGCCUGACGGGUCCAGAGUCUCAGACUCCAGCCGCCCGAAUCUCUGCACCGCGUCUUGAGAGACCCCGAAGCCCAAGCCCCGGCGUCCAGGCUAGAGGACCCCAGAUAGCCAGGUGCCCAGCGCCCCCUCCUGGAGGUGCCGGAGUCCGGGACAUUAGCCCCGUGCGACCCUGGAGGCUGAGCUUCCUGCACCCGGUUUCGAAGAAUUUAGGAUCCCAGACUGGAGAUUCCCUCUGGGGUUUCCCAGAAAGCUGAGCUCAAGACUCCCGGGGUUGGAGGAACUUGGGUUACAGACGCCUAGCGCCUCAAUCAGCCCGUUUUGGGUUGAAGCGCCCACUACUUCAAGAGGACUCUGGAAUUUGGGACACCCUGCGCUCCUGCCUGGAAGUGGUUUAAUCCCUGUUCCUAGAUUUAGGGAACUCACAGGAAUUCGGGUCCCCUCACUGCCCCAUCUAGAAGACUCAGUAAUUUGGGCCCCCAACACCCCCAACUGAGACCCAAGAGCCGAGACUCCCAGCAUCUUCCAUUUAGAGGACCAAAGAAAUUCGGACCACUGCCCCCCAAUCUCCGAAAGACGCCGGAUUCUGGUUCUCGGAGCCUACAAGCUCGAAGUUUACGCCCCUGACUUGCAGAGACCCAGGAGCCCCGGCUCUGCGCCUCCCCGGGGACCGUGCUCGAGUCGAAUAGGAACCGGACUGCCUCGGUUCGGGGCUGGAGACUCCAGGGGAGAAGCUGCGGAUCCACUCAGCCAUGCCUGAGGGAGCCCGUGGACUGGGCCUGUCCAAACCCAGCCCUAGCCUUGGCCGCAGGGGUGAAGCCUGUGACUGUGCAGCUGUGUGUGAGACUCAGACAGCAGCCCCUGCCACCCCCGCCAUGGCCUCCCCCCGGGGUUCUGGAAGUUCCACAUCUCUGAGCACAGUGGGCUCUGAGGGGGACCCGGCCCCAGGGCCCGCCCCAGCCUGCUCAGCCUCCAGGCCGGAGCCCCUUCCAGGGCCCCCCAUCCGCCUGCAUCUGUCACCUGUGGGGACCCCCGGUUCAGCGAAACCCUCGAGGCUGGAGCGUGUGGCCCGCGAGAUUGUGGAGACAGAGCGGGCCUAUGUCCGGGACCUCCGCAACAUCGUGGAGGACUACCUGGGCCCUCUGCUGAACGGCGGGGUCCUGGGGCUGAGCGCCGAGCAGGUGGGCACGCUAUUUGCCAACAUCGAGGACAUCUACGAGUUCAGCAGUGAGCUCCUGGAGGACCUGGAGAGCAGCAGCAGUGCCGGGGGCAUUGCCGAGUGCUUCGUGCAGAGGAGUGAGGAUUUUGACAUCUACACGUUGUACUGCAUGAACUACCCGAGCUCCCUGGCCCUGCUCCGGGAGCUGUCGCUGUCUCCACCAGCAGCCCUGUGGCUGCAGGAACGCCAGGCCCAGCUCCGCCACUCCCUGCCCCUGCAGAGCUUCCUGCUGAAACCUGUUCAGCGCAUCCUCAAGUACCAUCUGCUGCUGCAGGAGCUUGGCAAGCACUGGGCAGAGGGCCCGGGCACUGGGGGCCGUGAGACGGUGGAGGAGGCUAUUGUGUCCAUGACAGCGGUCGCCUGGUACAUCAACGACAUGAAACGCAAACAGGAGCAUGCUGCGCGCCUCCAGGAGGUGCAGCGGCGGCUGGGUGGCUGGACCGGUCCGGAGCUCAGUGCUUUCGGGGAGCUGGUGCUGGAGGGCGCCUUUCGAGGUGGUGGAGGGAGUGGCCCCCGACUUCGAGGGGGUGAACGGCUGCUCUUUUUAUUCUCACGGAUGCUGCUCGUGGCCAAGCGCCGGGGGCCAGAAUAUACCUACAAGGGCCACAUCUUCUGUUGCAACCUGAGUGUGAGCGAGAGUCCUCGAGACCCUCUAGGGUUCAAGGUGUCCGAUCUGACCAUCCCCAAGCACCGACACCUGCUCCAGGCCAAGAACCAAGAAGAGAAGAGGCUGUGGAUUCACUGUCUCCAGCGCCUCUUCUUUGAGAACCACCCUGCCUCCAUCCCUGCCAAGGCAAAACAAGUUCUCCUUGAAAACAGCCUGCACUGUGCUCCUAAAAGUAAGCCUAUCCCAGAGCCCCUGACGCCCCCACUUGGGUCUCCCCAACCUCGAGAUGCUAGAAGUUUCACCCCUGGACGGAGGAACACAGCUUCAUCUCCAGGACCCGCCACUACCCGCCGUGGCCGCAGACAGUCUGAGCCUCUGAAGGACCCCUAUGUCAUGUUCCCACAGAAUGCUAAGCCUAGACUCAAGCACACUGGCAGCGAUGGGGAGCUCUUCCCGCCCUUAGAGCCUCAGCCACCAGUUUUAGCUUCUGGAGCCCCUGAGGACCUGGAGGACACUGGACCCCCGACGCUGGAUCCCUCUGGGACUUCAAUCACUGAAGAGAUCCUGGAACUGCUGAACCAGAGGGGCCUCCGGGAUCCAGGGUGCCCACUACAGCCAUCCUCCCACGACAUCCCCAAGUUCCCCGGCGACACCCAGGUGCCGGACGACAGCGAUACCCUCACAUUUCAAGCCCUGCCCAGCCGGGACUCUUCAGAAGAGGAGGAGGAGGAAGAGCUGGAUAUGGACGACCGGGGGCCUUCCCCACUCCACGUCCUAGAGGGGCUCGAAAGUUCCAGUGCAGCUGAAAUUCCCGACAUUCCCAGCCUUUCCAAAGAUCCUGAUGUACCCAACCUCCCUGAAAUUCCCAGCCUUUCUGAAAUACCCAAAACUCCCCGCCUUCCCAGCCUCUCUGACAUUUCCAGUGUUUUUGAAAUGCCCUGCCUUCCAGCCAUACCUAGUGUCCCCGACAUUCCCAGCCUUUCCAGCGCUCCUGCCCUCCCCUGUGACUCCUGGCUCCAGGGACCUCUGCAGGAGCCGGAUGAGGCUCCAGCCACCAGGAGAGAACUGUUCCCUGGGAGCAGUUCUGGAAAACUGGAAGAAUCCUCCUCAGAAAGCAGGGCAGAGCAAGAAGAGGAUGAAGGAGUAUCAUUCCCCGAUUUCCAACCCCGGCAUGUCACCCCAGAUCAGGGAUUCCCAGAUGAGCUGGAGUUCCGCUCUUGCUCAGAAAUCCGGAGUGCCUGGCGGGCACUGGAGCAGGGACAGCUGGCCCGGCCAGGUUUCCCAGAGCCGUUGUUGAUCCUAGAAGAUUCGGAUCUGAGUGGAGGCAGCAGAAGUGGGAAGGCAGGAGCCCCAGCUUCAGAGAGGUCGGCGUCUCGUGUGCGAGAGUUGGCCCGGCUUUACAGCGAGCGGAUCCAGCAGAUGCAGCGGGCAGAGACCCGGGCAUCGGCCAACGCCCCCCGCCGCCGUCCACGGGCUCUGGCCCAGCCACAGCUGUUGCCCUGCCUGCCCCACGAGCAGGCCGAGCCAGGGCCCCUUCCUGCCUUUGGACACGUGCUGGUAUGUGAGCUGGCCUUCCCACUGACCUGUGCCCAGGAAUCUGUCCCCCUAAGCCCUGCUACCCGGGUUCAAGCUGCCACACCCUUGACUAAGCAGGGAGGCUGCCUGGGCAGCCAGGGUCUAAAUGUUUCAAAUUUGCCUGAGCAAGACCAUCUGGACAUCCAGGUUCCAGCUCCUACCCCUCUGCCUGAACAAGGAAGCCUCUGGAAUAUCCAGAUUCCAGCCACCACACGUUUGCCCUCAAAGGAAGACUCCCCAGGUGUCCAGGUUCCAGCUGUUACAACUUUGCCUGAUCAAGAAGGCCACAUGGAAAUUCAGGUUCCAGCUGCCACCCCUCCUCUGCCUGAGCAGAGAAGCCAAGUGGAUGUACAGGUUCCAUCUCCCACCUCUUUUCCUGAGCAAGGCCACCAGGUAGACAUCCAAGAUCCAGCCACCACAGCUUUGCCCAAGCAAGAAAGUUAUCUUGAUGUCAUGGUUUUAGCCACCACUCCUGUGGCCAAGCAAGAAGGCUGCCUGGACAGCCAGAGCCCAACCAACACCCCAUUAACUAAGCAAGGGGGUUCCAGGGAUGUUCAAUUUUCAGCCACUGCCUGUGGCCAAGCCAUCAACCCUUUGCUCACACACGGAAGCAGCCUGGACCGUCAGAUCCCAGCUGACACCCCACUGCCCUCGCAACUUGACCUCCCAGACAUUCAGGUUCUGGGGACCUGUCCUUUGCCUGCUCAUGGAAGCCACCUAGACCAUCAGAUCCCAGCCAAUUCUCCGUUAUCCUUGCCCCAGGACCUCCCAGACUUUCAAGUUCCAGCUGCCACACCUUUGCCCCAGCCACAGGGCCUCAUGGACACCCGGGUCCAACCCCUCCCACCUUUGCCGCAGGAGGGAGGCCUCCCAGACAUCCAGGGUCCAGCUGCCAUGCCUUUGCUGCAGGAGCAUAGCCUCACAGACCUCCAGGUUCAAAAUCUGACACCUCUGUUGGAACAGAAGAAUCCCACAGACGUCCACGUUCCAGCUGCCACACCUUUACUUGAGCAAGGAGGUCCCCGGGACAGUCAGGGCGUGUUCCCCACCCCAGUUCAGACCACCGUGGCUUUGUCCAAACCAGGCAGCCACUCAGUCCCUCCUGUUGCCAGGCCAGGGUCUUCAGACUUGACCCCACCCCAUAGUCCCCCACUCCCAACCCGUCAGCUCCUGGGCCCCAACGCAGCUGCCCUCUCGAGAUACUUGGCAGCCUCAUACAUCAGCCAGAGCCUGGCUCGACGGCAGGGGCCUGGAGGAGAGGCCUUCCUGGCCUCCCGGGGCCCUUGGUCCUCCUCUGCCCCCACAUCACGGGCACCUUCACCGCCACCCCAGCCCCAACCCCCACCGCCCCCAGCCAGAAGGCUCAGCUAUGCCACCACGGUCAACAUCCAAGUCGGGGGUGGUGGGCGGCUACGACCAGCCAAAGCCCAGGUCAGGUUGAACCACCCUGCCCUCUUGGCACCCUCCCAGGAAUCUGUGGGCCUUCGCAGAGCCCAGGGGGCUCCUGAUGCCCCUUUCCACAUGUGAGCCAGGAUGUUGGGCUUCUUGAAAAGCAAAGACUUCAACUAGAUGCCACAGACCCUCAGAAUUCACCUAGAAGUCCAGACACUGAACACACGUCUGAAAAUUGCUGCAACUUUCCAACUCCCCAGCUCCUUGGUGAAUGGUCCUUAUUACUUAUCUGGAUUAACUCAACAGGGAUGGGAAAGGGGAUGUCAUUAAUAUUUUGUUUAUUAAUAUUUUGAAAUUAUGUGUCUUUCCCAUUCUGGAGGCAGUGGGGGAUGAUAGAAGACAACAAUGAAUGGGAAGGAAUUGCA